AUGACGACUCCCAUUCCCGGGCCGCCAGGCUGGCCCAUAAUCGGAAAUCUGAGAGAUGUGGACAUCAACGAUACUGUCCGCUGCUUUGGAGACUUGGCCAGGACCUACGGCCCAAUAUAUAAGCUCCGCCUCGGUGGAGACGAUCGAAUCUUCAUCAGUAGCCAGGAACUGGUCAACGAGGUCUGUACUCGGAAGGAAUUUGUCAAGAUUCCAAUCGGCUCUCUGAAGCAACUUCAACAUGUCACCCCCAAAGGACUAUUCACUGCGCCUCAUGGACAAAAGGAGUGGGGGGAGGCUCACCGAACGCUCACCCCCGCGUUUGGACCACUGGCGGUGCACGACAUGUUUCCCGAAAUGCUCGACGUUGCCUCUCAAGCGGUUCUCCGAUGGGCGAGGGCGGGCGAGAAUAACAUGAUUAACGUCGCUGAAGAUUUCACCCGCCUCACCCUCGACACAAUUGCGUUAUGCGCCAUGGACACUCGUUUCAACUCAUUCUAUAAAGAUGAUCUCGACCCAUUUAUCGAGGCUAUGCUGACGAUCUUGAAUGAGGCCCAAGUGAGAUCAAGCAGGCCUGCAUUUGUCACACCCUUUCUGAGGGAGGCAAACCAGAAGUUUGAGGAUGCCAUUGCCUAUGCCCGUCAAGUAGCGGCAGACGUUAUUGCUAAGCGUCGAGCUAAUGCCUCGGGCACUCAAAAGAAGGACCUAGUUGAUGCUAUGGUAAACAGGAGUGACCCGGUCACCGGUAAGAAAUUGAGUGACGAUGUUAUCAUUGACAACAUGAUUACUUUCCUCAUUGCUGGUCACGAAACGACUUCUGGCCUGCUUUCGUUCCUAUUUUAUCUCCUAAUGACUCACCCUGAAGCAUAUUCAAAACUGCAGCAGGAGGUGGACAACGUUGUAGGCAAAGGACCUAUAAAGGUUGAGCACCUUGGCAAGCUGUUAUAUGUCAAGGCUUCAUUGAGGGAAUCUUUGCGCCUCCACCCACCCGCUGCUGUAUGGGGAGUCACACCAUUACUCAACGACGAUAAAGACAGCGACGAGCACAUCGUGCUGGCAAACAAAUGGGCCAUCCGACAAAACCAGACGGUGCUCAUUUUGACUCCUGCGCUCCACCGAGAUACGGCUGCCUUUGGUGACGACGCUGAUGAGUUUAAGCCGGAGAGGAUGCUGGAUGAUUCGUUUCAAGCACUUCCCAAGAAUUGUUGGAAGCCGUUCGGAAAUGGCGUCCGGGUAUGCAUAGGAUCGGAUUUUGCAUUACAAGAAGCGAUCCUGGCCACAGCGAUUUUGUUCCAGAAAUUCGACUUCAGACUGGCUGAUCCUGACUACAAGCUUUCGGUUCGGCAAACACUCACACUCAAACCACAUGGUCUAUUUAUGUAUGCCAAGUUGCGUGAAGGCAUUGAUAGCAUCUCCUUGCAAGCGGAUAUCUUCAACACCGGAUCAAAUUCUGUCAGAAACAGGGCCGGUGCAGUUUCAAACACGAUUUCAGACAGCAACGCAUCACGGCUUAUGUCGCUUUUCUAUGGGUCAAAUACAGAAACCGCAAAAGGACUUGCUGAGCGUUUUGCGGUCUCAGCUUCUUCCCGAGGGUUUAAAUGCACAAUCAAACCUCUCAAUAAUGCGAUUGACCAUAUUCCGACUGAACAUCCGGUGGUAUUUUUCGUUGCAAGCUAUGAAGAGCACCCAGACAACGGUAUAAAGUUUAUCGAAUGGCUCCAGAGCUCUCCUGGUCUCAAUCUCGAAGGCGUGAAAUAUUCCGUCUUUGGCUGUGGUAAUCGUGACUGGAUGCAUACAUAUCAAGUCACACCAAUCCUUGUAGACACUCUCCUCCAAGACCGAGGCGCCGUCUCCUUUGCAGCGAGAGGAGCUACCGAUGUAAGCCGAGGAGACAUUCUCGGCGAUUUUGAGUCCUGGCAGUCUGAGCAGUUUUGGCCAGGCAUCUCGCACCUCUUUGGCGAGACGAUAGUCAGCAGCGAACCGGACUAUUUGUCACUCCUCGAUCAGAAAUCUGAAAACGAGCCAUCAAAUGGUGUGCAAGUUGAAGUUGUCCAAGUGACGAAAAUGACAGCGGCUACAGAUCGACCCAAAUACCACAUGGAGAUUGAACUCCCCAAAGAUACCACAUAUAACGUCGGCGACUACUUGGAAGUCUACCCUCAAAAUUCCCAGGAAGAUUUGGACAGAUUACUGCAGGUCUUCAAAGUUGGAGAUAAAGAGGAUGCCGAUCAUAUCAUCAUGGCAAUCUUCACUCGUCUCGAGCUGAAUCAGCCGGCAACAGCCAAUCAAAUAAGGAAGCUCAGCGAGACCUGUGCCAGCGUACAAGACAAAGCUUUGCUCACAGAUCUAGCCAACGAGGCAUCAAACUCGCCUCAAAAAGGAGUACCUACAGUCCUCCAGCUCCUGGUAGCCCAUCCAACUAUCGCAAUAUCACCCAAUCAGCUAGUCCAGCUGCUACCAUCCAUCCGGCCUCGUCCCUACUCUAUUUCAUCGUCGCCUGCAUGGUCCCCUACCAGAUGCACUCUGACAUGGUCGCUCAUGGACCGACCAGCCUUGACAGACGCUCGGUACAAGGACGAGCCGCCUGUGGUGGGUCUCGCAUCUGGAUUCUUGGCGAAACUUGCACCUGGCGACAGGUUUAAAGCCUCCGUCCGCCCUGGCAAGGACCGUUUCCGACCGCCUCAGGAUCUCAGCUCCGCGCCAAUGAUCAUGGUCUGCAUAGGUGCCGGCAUAGCGCCCUUCCGGGGUUUCAUCCAGCAUCGGGCUGAGGCGAUUCGCCGAGACCCGAGCGCGUCUCUCGCGCCGGCCGUGCUGUAUGCGGGAUGCAGGAAUGGGCAGGAGAAGCUGUAUGCAGGGGAACUGGCAGAGUGGGAGCAGAAGGGGGCUGUGAAGGUGCGGUGGGCCUUCUCCAGGCCCAACCCACAGAGUGAGAGUGUGGGCACGCAGGGGUAUGUGCAGGAUCAGGUCUGGACUGAUAGGGCUGAUGUGGUGCCAUUGUGGGAUGACGGGGCCCGCGUCUACGUCUGCGGCAGCCGGGCUCUGAGCCAGGGGGUGAGGGAUGUUGCCAAACGGAUCUAUGGUGAGGUAGCGAGAUCCAGGUGUGGCCCGAAGGAUGAGGAUGCCGUGAAUGAGUGGUGGCUUGACGUAAUCCGUGAGAGAUAUGCGGUUGAUGUGUUUUAA